AUGACCCGCAGCAAAGCAUCCAUCAGAAGAAACGACACAGUGCUGAGGAUAGUGAUGUUGGGGAAAACUGGAGUUGGAAAGAGUGCCACUGGAAACACCAUCUCAGGACAACAGUGCUUUGAAUCAAAGUUCAGUGCUAAGUCUAUGACUGUAGACUGUUCUAAGUUUGAGGGUGAGGUGAAUGGACAGAAGGUUGCUGUUAUUGACACCCCAGGCCUGUGUGACACCAGGUUUGACAAAGAUAAAACAACUAAAGACCUAACACAGUGCAUCAGAUAUGCUGCUCCUGGACCCCAUGUCUUCCUGGUGGUCAUCAGACUGGGAAGAUACACAGAGGAGGAAAAGCAGACGGUGGAGAAGAUUCAAGAAAUCUUUGGUGAAGCUGCAGACAGAUACAGCAUGGUGCUCUUUACUGGUGGUGAUCUUCUUGAAGGUACCACUAUUGAGGAGUUCUUGGGUGAAAGUCCAGACCUGCAGGAACUUGUAUCCAGAUGUAACGGCCAAUAUCACGUCUUCAAUAAUAAGCUGAAGGAUUGUACUCAGGUCACUGAGCUGCUCCAGAAGAUCAAAAAUAUAUUGCAGAAGAACGGAGGAAGCCACUACACCAACCAUAUGUUCCAAGAGGCAGAGAGGGCAAUCGAAGAGGAGAAACAACACAUCCUCAAAGAAAAAGAAGAACAAAUACGUAGAGAACAAGAGAAACUAAAGAAGAAACUACAAGAGAAAUAUGAAAAAGAGAUGGCGAAAAUGAAGAGGGAAGUCCAGGCUGAGCUAGAGAGGCAGAAGAAAGAGAGAGAGGAGGAGAGGAAGAGGGAGAGGGAGGAGAUGAAUGAGGAGAGGAGGAGAGAGUGGGAGGAGAGGAAGAGGGAGAAAGAGGAGAUGGAGAUGGAGAGGAGGCAGGAGAAGAUGGAGAUGGAGUGGGAAAGGAGGAGAGAGUGGGAGGAGAGGAAGAGGGAGAAAGAGCAGAUGGAGAGGGAGAGGAAGAGGGAGAAGGAGCAGAGAGAGGCAGAGAGAUGGAGAGAGAGAGUAGAGAGAGAGGCAGUGAGAAACAGAGAGCGAGAGGAGAGUGAAAGGAGGAUUAGAGAGCUACAAGAAAUGCAUGAAAGAGAACGUGAGAGGGAGAGCGCAAGCUGCAGCAUCAACUCUGCAUUCUUGAACCUAAACAUGGACGGCAACUAUUACAACCCAAACAUGACUAGGAACUUUGAACAAAAUGAGGAGCUGAGGAUGGUGAUAGUGGGGAAGACUGGAGUUGGAAAGAGUGCCACUGGAAACACCAUUCUAGGACGACAGUGCUUUCAAUCAAAGCUCAGUGCUAAGUCUAUGACUGUAGACUGUUCUAAGGACAGAGGUGAGGUGUUUGGACAACAGGUUGCUGUUAUUGACACCCCUGGCCUGUUUGACACCAGGUUUGACAAGGAUGAAACAACUAAAGAUGUGACCCAGUGUAUCACUUAUGCUUCUCCUGGACCCCAUGUCUUCCUGGUGGUCAUCAGACUGGGAAGAUACACAGAGGAGGAAAAGCAGACAGUAAAGAGGAUUCAAGAAAUCUUUGGCCAGGCUGCAGACAGAUACAGCAUGGUGCUCUUUACUGGUGGUGAUCUUCUUGAAGGUACCACUAUUGAGGAGUUCUUGGGUGGAAGUCCAGACCUGCAGGAAGUUGUAUCCAGAUGUAACAACCAGUAUCAUGUCUUCAAUAAUAAGCUGAAGGAUCGUACUCAGGUCACUGAGCUGCUCCAGAAGAUCAGAAAUAUAGUGCAGAAGAACGGAGGAAGCCACUACACCAACGAGAUGUUCCAAGAGGCUGAGAGGGCAAUUGAGGAGGAGAAACAGCGCAUCCUCAAAGAGAAAGAAGAAGAAAUACGUAGAGAACAAGAAGAACUGGAGAGGAAACUAAAGGAAAACCAUGAAAAAGAGAUGGAGAAAAUGAUUAAGAGGGAGAAUGAGGAGAAGGAGAUAGAGGAGAGGAAGAGGGAGACGAAGGAGAGGACAAGUAAAGAGGAGGAGGAGAGAGAGGCAGAGAGAAAGAGAGAUAGAGAAGAGAGAGAAAGGGAGAAGGAGGAGAUGGAGAAGGAGAGGAAGAGGGAGAAGGAGGAGAUGGAGAAGGAGAGAAAGAGGGAGAGAGAGGAGAGG